AUGCCGGAUCUACAGUUCACCAGUGACCAAGUAGCUGAGGCGCUCAGUCGACUGACAGCAGUGGCUGGGGAGAAGGGCCUUCCAGCAACUGAGACAGCUGGAAGCGCAGAGGACUUGCCGGCUAGAUGGCAGGCCGUGGUUGCCGCCGCUGCUGUCAGCCCUGAGCUUGACCCGGCCAGUCUGGAGCAGCUACGUGCAAUCUAUAACUUCAUCGAGGCAGUUAUAAUUUCCUGUGGAGCGCCCGAUUCGUUCGACGUCUACGAGGCUUGCUUCGAGACCCUCACGAAGGUUGGGUUCGGGCUGCCUGGCAUUGCCAAUAAGGAGCUUCUGCUGAAACUACUCGAAGAUGUCCAUGAGGUUUAUGAUGUCCUCCUGUCCUGUGUGGAGACCUAUGAGUGGGUCCAACCCGGAGCAACAGGCCUCCUGCGGCUGUGGAUGCUUCAGGUGCUUUUCGCCAUUUUCGGCGAGAACUUGACAGGACUCAUGCUCAUGGAGCUGACGGACAAUGAUGUGGCUGGUGCUGUGAGCCUCAUCUCCUUCAUCGUCCGCUGUGACCAGGCGCCCUUCGAGAUGCAGUCCGCAGCGGGGCAGUGCUUGGUUCAGCUGACCACGGCGGACUCAGUGUUCCUGUCGAAGACAGAUGCAGGUGGUGAUGAUUGGCAGAAUGAGCAAAUUGCCAAGCUCACCAGUAUGCUGAAUCGUCAUGUGAAUGGCUUGAUUCAGGGCAUUAUCCAGUUCGACAUAGUGGAAGCUUUCGGCCGCUGCAUCUGCCAGCACCAAAUGAGUCACUCGCGGACGGACAUCAUCGUCAAGUACUUCCUCACUACGAUCCACAACUGUCUCCUGUACUGCUCUGCCAACCAGAAGAAGCUCAGGCAGCACCUUGCAACGCAGAGCACCAUUGUCCAGGAUAUCAUGAUUCCCUACGUUUACAACAUCCUCCCAGCCUUGUUUGACAAUCCCGCGUGUGGCCCUGCGCUGAUCGAGUGGCAGAACCUGAAGGCCACAUUGCAGACCUUUGUCGUCGUCACCUUCAACAUCAACGUUUUCCGGCCACACUUGAGGGACUCGGACAUGAUCCCCAAAAUCUGCGAGGUGCCUCGCAUCCUCACUCACAUCUCCAUGCUAGAGUUGCUGGUCAAAAUGGCCAUUAAUGUGGACUACCCCAAGGGCCCGUAUUGCGACAAGCUUACGCAGAUGCUCCAGGCAGCCUUCGAGCAACUGCCGCCAGAGAGCCAGGUUCGACUGCAAAGGCGGAUGACCUGCGAGCAGAGCAUGCGUCUUCCCUUUUCGAGAUCCUCUGUCAAGGCUGUUGAGCUUCUCUCCUUUGCCUUUGGGAGUCCAGAGGCGUCGCCGGAAGCAGCGGCUGCCAACAAAUCAACCAAGCAGCGCAAAUGGAAGAACGCCAAGAACAAGGCGAGGAGAAGAAAGAAGCUCUUCUCAAUGCAGGCCUCGAAUAAGAAUGGGGAAGAGCCAGAAGCCGACGACGAGCAGGGCGAGGAGUCCGAAGAUGACAUGCCCCCGUUGAUUCCUGGCGAUGAAUGGGAAGCCCAUCUUGGCACGGCUGAUGAGGCUGGGGUUCCACAGAAGGCGGUCUGCCAGCUCAGUGGUGCCCUGAUGCACGACCCCGUUAGCACUCCAGAUGGGUACCUCUUUGAGAGGGCCGCCCUGGAGGACUGGACCAGUCAGCACGGCUCGAACCCCCUCACUGGCGCCCCAUUGGCAAUGGAUGAGGUGGUGGACCGUGAAGACAUAGCCAACUUCAUUCAGGGGUACCAGCUGCAGAUGCUCUCUGUCACCCAAGUGGCUCCCGAAGCCAUCGACGGCGCAGUGCCCGAGGUUCGGGCAGCUCCGGACCCGGACGUGCCGGCGCCGCCCCCCACAAAGCCAGUUGAGACGGGCCCUUCCUUGCUGGGAGAUUUGCCUUCGCUUUCCAAGAAUGAUGAGUCUCAAAACAAGAGAAAGGACAAGCACAAGAUUCGGAUUGAAUCCAGGUCAGUGGUUGAUUGUCCAGAGGACAUGCGAUGCGCCAUAGAUGGGAAGGUCAUGGUCAACCCGGUGCUGUCACGCUAUGGCCAUCAUUUCGAGCGAAAGACGCUCGAAAAGUGGUUCGGAAACUGUGGAUCCGUGUGUCCGAUAACCCAGAAACCGCUCCGCUUGGAGGAGUGUCAACCCGACAAUGAAAUGAAGAAAAGAAUCGUCAAGUUCUUGAAGGGCCAGGCGUGA